CCAAACAGCUCAAAAUUGCAGAGAAGCCGAACUUUACAUUUUCUUGCAAGUUCUGUUGCUCAGAAAUUUGCAGGUUUUUUGUGAAUUUUUUUGGCUGAAGAAGACGAAGAGCAUGGGAAAGCCGAAGAAACCAUCAAGACCAGCAACAUCAGCUACAAAUAACACUGCAGAUGAGGAAUUACAUGGAGCAGCUCGAUCGGGGGACCUGGAGGCUGUUCAGAGAAUAUGCAGCACCAAUCCUCUUGCCAUCAAUUCCAGAGACAAGCACUCCCGCACCCCACUUCAUCUAGCAGCUUGGUCUGGGCAAACAAAGGUAAUGGAAUAUCUCUGCAAAAAAGCUGAUGUUGGAGCUGCUGCAAUGGAUGAUAUGGGUGCCAUUCAUUUUGCUGCUCAGAAGGGUCACACUGAAGUUGUGAGGAUUCUCGUUAACUUCGGAGUCCCCAUCAAGUCACACAAUCGCAAAGGAAUGACUGCUCUGCAUUAUGCUGCCCAAGGUUCGCAUUUGGAACUUGUCAAGUACUUGAUUAAAAAAGGCGCAAAUAUUGAUGCAAAGAACAAAGCUGGUAAAACUCCAGUUGAUUUGGCUGGCAGUGAAGAAAUUCGCGCAUUCUUGGUUCAGUGUCAAACCACAUCCUGCAAGGAGGUCUUGAAUGGUAAAGGAAAAUUUUCAGAAGGUCGACCAAAUUCUUCUUUAGAGGAGAAUGCAGGGACUGCUGAAAUAGAAGUUCCAGACAGAGGUGAAGAACCUGAUAAAGAGAAAGAUGAAUUCUUCAAGAGGAAGAGCGAUGAAGAUACUGCCAAGGAUAUCUUGCCACAGACCAAAAAACCAAAAGUUUCUCUUAAUCAUCUGCUAGCUGCUGAUGACACCCAAGAAGAUGACGAAUAAGCGUCCUCUUGAAAUGUACUCAGUUUAGCUGCACCGUUGAUUGGUACAACCUAUGAGGAAAAUUGCUGGCUAGUUCACUGGUUUUCUAACACAAGAAUCUGAUGUAUUAAGUUAGCUGUGCUGCUUCGUUUCAUUUUGUAAAAUUCGAAUCAGUAGUUUAAAAUUGAUGGCAUUUGGCAUUUGGAAACUCUGCUAGUUUUUCAAAGGAUGUAAGCCUAUUAGCGCAUAAACAGAUCAGCGACAUUCUAACCUUUGUUUAUCCGUUCUACUUAGAACCUACAAGGGAGGAAUUAGGGCCAUGCAGUUUCUUCGUCA